AUGUUCAAGUUUUCCAAGCAGUCGAAGUCAAGAAAAGAUGAUUCACGAUCACAUGGAUCUUUUAAUAUAAAUGAGGAUAAGUAUGAUGGUAGUAGUAUUAUAAAUCCUAAAAAAUUGGAAAAAUAUUUAGUUGAUUCUACGGGUAAUUAUGUUUAUGUUUACAAAAAAAUCACAGAAGAAAAUACAUCAGCAAACGACAGUCCGGUAUUAGAAAAUGCGGUAGCAACAAGUAGUUCAAAGGUUAAUGAUGAGGAUGAGAUUACUGAAUUAGAUGAAUUUACAGGUCCAAGUCCAAAAAAUGCAAAAAAAAAUAAAGAAGCAAAUACUAAGAAAUUCAAGUCUAAGCAAUAUUACUACGUUAUGCCUGUUCAAGAAUCCAUGUACUUUGUUGAACUUGAAUUUGAUGAAAGUGUAGUCAAGAAAGAAAAGAAUGCAUACGAGAAUGAAUACAAGUAUAUAAAGAAAGAAUACAUUGAAACAAGAAAAAAAUACAAUUAUAUAAUGAAAAAAGAAAAUGAGAAAACAAAGGAUAAAGAAACUAAAGAGCACAAUGAAAUAAAGAAAAAAUAUGAAGAAAUAAUGAGCAAUUAUGAUAAAAUAAAGGAGAAUGAAAAGGAGAAUGAAAAGAAGAAUGAAAAGAAGAAGAAAAACGAGAUGGAAAUUGAGUGCGAGGAAAAAAAGAAUGCAUGCAAGGAAAAGUGGAAUGAAUAUGUGAAAAAAAAUAAAGAAUACGAGGAAAUAAAUCACGAAUACGAGAAAAUAAAUGACGAAUCUGAAAAAAUAAAAGAAGAUGAAAAGACCAAGGAAAAAGAAGAGAGUAGAAAUGUGGCAAAGAAGACUGAAUACGAAAAUAUAAAAAGAAAAUACGAGGAAAAUCAGAAAGAAUUUGGUGAAGAAUAUGAAAAUAAAAAGAAAGAAUACAAUGAAAUAAAGGAUAAAUACGAAGAAUUAGAAGAAGGGGUUGAAAAGGAGGAGAUGAAAAGUGACUGCGAGAAAAAAAAGAAAGAAUACAAGGAAAUAAUGGGAGAAUACAAGAAAAUAAAGGAAUAUGAAAUGAAAUAUGCAUUGGAUGAGUACGAUCAGGCAAAGAAAGAUUGCGAUAAUGCAAUGAAAAAGGAUAAAUGGGCAGACAGGAAUAAGUACAAUGAAAAAAAGGAGGAAUACGAGUACGAAAAAAUAAAGAAUGAAUACAAGGAAAAGAAGAGAACAUAUGAGGAGGUAAUGAUGAAAAAGGAUAAAGCAAUAAAAAAAAACAGGGAUGAAAAGGAGAAAGAUCAUAACGAAACAAAUAGUACUAAAAUUGCGGAUGAUAUAAAAAAAGAAGUGAAAAAUUAUUUGAAUAACAAUAUGAAAACAAUUUCUAAAGCAGAGAAAGAAUAUGUGAAAAUAAAAAAAGAAAUAACGGAAAAAUACAAAAAUAGCGAUUCGAUGGAAAUGAAGGAAAAAUACAAGCAAGCAAUUACAGAAAUCAAAGAACACUACGAGAAUGAAUUGAAUAAAUGCGAGGAAGAAAAGAAGAAAAUUGACGAAUACCGUAGUGUGGAUUGGGUAAAGUAUGACGAACAAACGAAGAUAAUAAACAGAGAGCGCAAUAGAAGAAAGAAUGAAAGCGAGGAAAACAUAGCUAUAAUCAAUUACGAGAUAAGAAAGAUUGAAUACGAGGAAAUAAGGAGAGAUCAUUAUUUCAUUGAUGAAAAUGAAGACAAUGAUGUACUGAAAAAUUAUAAAAAAGCAUACCAUCAGAAAGAGACAGAUUACAAGGCAGCUAAGGAAAAAUACGCGAAAGUAACGUGGGAUAUAGUUCAAAAAUACGGUGAUGUAAGGAAUGAAUAUGAGAAAGCAAAAGAAGAAAAAAAGAAAAAAAUGACAAAAGAAAAGAAGGAAAGAAUCAAGAAAAUCAAGGAAGAAAUCAAGAAUGAAAUUGAGGAAAUCAGAAAUAAAAUAGGUUGUGAUGGAAUUGCAUUUCACGAUUAUGCCGGUGGAAGAUUCGAAAAACAAAAUGAAAUCUCCAGAUUCAAACCAAACGACCUUGAAAAAGGACUUCCUCCUCCUGAUAUUGAUCCUAUUAGGGAGAAAGUGGAAACCCCUUCAAAAGAGGAGGAAUCGAAAAAAACCCCAAUUGAGGAGGACAAUGAACUGAAGAAAAUGCAUAUUAAAGAGGAAUCGGAGGAGCUAGAGCUAAAAUGGGAGGAACAGGAAUUGUUGAAUUUGGUGAAACAUGAACUUAAUAUACUGAAACUAGAAAGACAAAAACUGAUGGAGCCGGUACAAGAAAAUAUAGCACCAAAUUACUUACAAUCUGAGGGUUUGUUUGAGAAAAAACUCCAUGACAUAACAAAUUCCUAA